CCGCCGGGCGUGAUGGAGACGGCUCACGAGGUGGCCAUUUACAUCGACCGCUUCCACAACCUGGACCUGUUCCAGCAAGGAUGGUACCGUAUGAAGAUUAGUGCAAUGUGGGAGGAGGAUGAGUACAGGGCACCAGUAUCGCCGGCCAGGGUCGCACAAUAUGAAGCUCUUGAUAUUGGUGCGAAGGGCACAUUUGGCUUUUGGAAAAUAGAUGAUGUUGAUAAUAGCUUCUAUACACAGCCAUUUCUAGUUAAAUAUUCUAGACAAGAUAUUUAUCUGUCAGUUAUGGUGUCUUUCUACAUACCCAACAGUGAAGAUGAGGGUCCAGCAACUUCGUCUGUUUUAUUGAAAUUCGAGCUCAUAUAUAUUCCAACAUUGGGAAAUGGGACUGAAGUUCAAGGUUCAAGUGACACAUAUUUGGCCCCAGUCCAUGAAUUUAGGAUCCCACAUAGAGCACUCCUGGGUUUACACUCAUAUUGUCCUGUCCAUUUUGACGCUUUCCACUCUGCUCUUGUUGAUCUGACAAUACACAUAGUUUACAUGAAAGCCAGUGUGACUAAAUCAUCACUGAAGACACUGGAGCAAGGUUUAGGCUCAAAAUCAUAUGAUAUUGUGAAGGCCUUAUUGAUUUCAAGGGAAAUGCUGCUUGAAGAAGUGAAGAAGAUCAGUGGUGCCGUUGGUAAUACUCUUGAGGAUUUAGAUGACGCUGGCUUAACUCUUGGUAAAUACGAGACAAUUCAGCCAUCAAAGUCAGGCUUACCUAAUUACAGUAAAGGGCACCGUGCACCCACGAAAUGCAGUCGCCAGCUGACAGGCAUCUUACGUGAUCUUCUGGAGAAUUCUGAUGAUGUCGUUGGAAGCACCAAUGAAAUUAUGCUGUACACUCUAUCCAAGGAAGAAUUGUUUGAAUUAUUUCAAAUUGUGAGCAGCCAACUCUCACUUAUAUGGAAUGCAUUCUUGAAAUUUCAUAGGUGAGUUUUGUUCGUCCAAUGCAGGACAAAUAAAGUCAAGAUAUUGGAUUACUUGCAUGCUAUUUGGGAUGUUGAUCGGAAAGCAGAAUGGUCAAUAUGGAUUAUUCAUUCGAAAAUUGAGAUUCCACAUCGCUACUUGAGAAGUGUGACUGACAACUCAUCUCCUCGCCAUCUGCUUCGGAUUUCCAGUUCACGGAAGUUCCAUCAUGAUCCUGUACAAAAUUCGAUGUCACGGGCUGAACUGCACAGGAAAAGUAUAGCACGAAUGAAGAUCAACGCACGGUCUGUUCAAGAUAUGCAUAUUUAUGCUGAUCCUUCAUGUAUUCCUGUUGUCCGCAUAGAGCAACAUGUAAUGGUUGUUCCACAACAUGGUUGUAGCAAGGUUUUGACAACAGAUGCUUCAGAGCCACUGGAUACUAUUGUGCCACCUCUACUACGAGGAGAAUCUGUAGAGAAAAUACCUAAUGGCUUCACAAAGAGUAGACACAUAUUACGAGCUGUCAUUUUUGUGCAUGGAUUCCAGGGACAUCAUUUGGAUUUACGUCUUGUUAGAAACCAAUGGCUUUUGCUUGACCCUGGAGCUGAGUGCCUAUUGUCUCAGAUAAAUGAAGAUAGAACAUCUGGAGAUUUUAAAGAAAUGGGUAGAAGGCUUGCAAAUGAAGUAGUUUCAUUCCUCAAAAGGAAACUGGACAAAUAUUCCAAAAAUGGAGGCUGCAAAGAGAUGAAGCUUAGUUUCGUCGGCCAUUCUAUUGGGAACAUUAUCCUCAGAAGUGCCCUCACAGAACCCAAAUUUCAGCCAUUUUUGAAGAACCUUUAUACAUACAUGUCAAUAUCAGGGCCUCACUUAGGUUACUGGUACAGCUCAAAUUCUCUGUUCAAUUCUGGCCUCUGGCUUAUGAAAAGGCUCAAGGGAAUGCGGUGCAUGCAUCAGCUGACUUUCAGUGAUGAACAAGAGCCACAGAAUACAUUCUUUUACAAGCUCUGCAAGCUCAAGACACUGGAGAAUUUCAAAAACAUCAUUUUGGUAUCAUCAUCGCAGGAUGGUUAUGUCCCAUAUCAUUCAGCAAGAAUCGAUCUCUGCGCCUCCUCUUCGUCAGAUAACUCGAAAAGGGGGCAGAUAUUCACUGAAAUGCUCAACAACUGCCUGGACCAGAUCCGCGCACCCACUUCCGAAACGCGAGUAUUCUUGCGCUGCGAUGUGAACUUCGACCAGUCCACCCAGGGACGGAACCUGAACACCAUGAUUGGAAGAGCUGCGCACAUAGAGUUCCUGGAGAAUGACAUCUACACCAGGUUCAUCAUGUGGUCCUUCCCGGAGUUCUUCCGGUGA